CAGUAGCGGGGGAAAGGGAAACCGGGGAACUGAGGAACCGGGAAGCCGUGGCACCGGGAAACAGGGAGCACCGCGAAACUGGGGAGCCGCAGCACUGGGGAAGCAGGGAGCCGUGGGCACCGGGAAACCGCGAGUACCGGGAGGCUGCAGCACCGGGGAAACGGAAAACCGGGCAACUGGGGAGCGGGAAAACCGUGGGAACUGGGGGGUAUUAGGGAGCCACAGCACCUGGGAACCGGGAAACCAGGGAGGGGCAAAACCGUGGGCACCGGGAAAGGGAGGAGUACGGAGGAGCUGAGAAGCCAGAGGAUCGGGGAAACGGGAAACCAGGGCACCCGGGAGUCGUGGGCACCGGGGAACCGGGGAGUGGCGGGCACGGGCGAAGCGGGGGCACCGGGAAACUGUGAGCAACGGGGAUACGGUUAACCGUGGGCACUGGGGAGCUGCAACACCGGGGAAACGGGGAACCGGAGAGUGGGAAAACUGUGGGAACCGGGAGCGUCGGGAGUCGCAGUACCCGGGAACUGGGAAACCGGGGGCACUGGAGAGCCGCGGCUUUGGGGAACCGGGAGCAUCAGGGAGCCAGGAAAUCAUGGGCACGGGGGAACCGGGAACACUGGGCAUCUCUGGCACGGGGGAAUCGGGAGCAGCAUGCAGCCGGGAACCGGGAGCAGUGGGCAGCCACAGCACCGGGAAGCCGCAGCACUGGGGAACCGGAAUCACCGGGAUCACCUACCUGGCACCUCCUGCCAGGCCUGGCACCGGGUGUGUCGACUUCAAGAUGAAGACGAUCGAGGUGGACGGGAUCAAGGUGCGAAUACAGAUCUGGGACACGGCCGGCCAGGAGCGGUACCAGACCAUCACCAAGCAGUACUACCGGCGGGCACAGGGCAUCUUCCUGGUGUAUGACAUCAGCAGCGAGCGCUCCUACCAGCACAUCGUGAAAUGGGCCAGCGACGUGGAUGAGUACGCGCCCGACGGCGUCCAGAAAAUCCUUAUCGGGAACAAAGCGGACGAGGAGCACAAGAGGCAAGUGCCCAAAGAACAAGGGCUGCAGUUGGCCAGGGAAUACGGGAUGGAUUUCUACGAGACCAGUGCCUGCAGCAACCUCAACAUCAAGGAGUCCUUCACGCGGCUGACGGAGCUGGUGCUGCAGGCGCACCGCAAGGAGCUGGAGGAGCUGCGGGGACCCCCCCGCGCCCCCACCCUGGCCCGGCUGGAGGAGGAGGAGCAGCAACCUCUGCAGGGCGAGGACACCCCCAAGACCUGCUGGUGUUGAGGGCUGGGACCCCCCUGACCCGGCCCCCGGCUGUGCCGGGAGGGGGCACGAUAGGGGCGGGAUUGGGGCGGUCCCCAUGGAGGCGGGGAGGGACACGGGACACCCCACAGGGAACGGGGCGGGGGGAGAAGGCAUGGGGGUGCCCUCCCCGAUGUGCAGAGUGGGGUGGGGGUGUCCAGGCGCUGUGUGCCCACCCGGUGUCCACCCCGUGCCCGUGGGAGCCCCCGAGUUUUACACACACGGUUUGCAGAAUAAAGGUGAUGCUGGA